AUGGCACCCCUCAAGCUCAACAACAAAAACUUGUCUCGGAUUGCGGCCUCAGGCGAGGUCAAGGUCCCAAACUACCCACGCGGUAGUGCCGUGAAAGAAGGAAUUGUCCAUGUCGGCGUUGGAGGAUUCCACAGAGCUCACCUGGCGGUCUAUGUCGAUCAAUUGAUGCAGAAUGGCCUGACAGAUUACGCAAUUUGCGGAGUCGGUCUGCAACCCUUCGAUGCCUCUAUGCGCGAUGUGCUAGAAUCGCAGGAUUACCUCUACACGGUAAUUGAGCGAUCGGCAAAGGGCAGCGCGGCCCAUGUUGUGGGCAGCAUCAACUCUUACCUCUUUGCGCCCGAUAAUUCAGAGGCCGUUAUUGCUAAGAUGGCCCACCCCGAUACUCACAUCGUGUCGCUCACCAUCACCGAGAGCGGUUACUAUUAUAACGAGAAUACCCACGAGCUACAAAGCGACCACCCAGAUAUCGUCUUCGAUCUCCACCCUGCCAAUUCCCCCCGGACUACGUUCGGUUAUCUCUACGCCGCUUUGGCGCGGCGCCACAAGCAAGGGCUUAAGCCAUUCACCGUUAUGUCGUGCGAUAAUAUGCAGAAGAAUGGAUCUAUCACGCGCCAUAUGGUUGAAUCAUUUGCCCGUCUACGCGGGGACCCCGAGGUUGCAAAGUGGAUUGCUGAGCAAGGGGCCUUCCCGAAUGCCAUGGUCGAUCGCAUUACGCCUCAGACCAAUGCUUCCGAUAAAUUAGAUCUUGCCGAGAAUUUUGGAAUCACAGACGCCUGGCCUGUAGUCACCGAGCCAUUCACACAGUGGGUUAUCGAGGAUAAAUUCUCCGAUGGCCGCCCACCAUUCGAACAAGUGAAAUAUGGAAUCCAGGUUGUCAAAAGUGUCCACGAGGUCGAGCAAUUCGAGAAACAUAAGCUCCGUCUACUCAAUGGUAGUCACUCGGCGAUCGGCUAUGCAGGUCAGCUGGCCGGAUUCAAAUACGUUCACGAAGUCAUGGAGAACCCGGUCUACCGUCGCUUCGUCUGGCAGACCAUGCAGGAGGUCAAGCCGCUCCUACCCGCCAUUCCUGGUGUUGAUAUUGAUGCAUACUGCACCACCCUUAUUGAGCGCUUCUCCAAUCCCGCCAUCAUGGAUCAACUUCCCCGUCUCUGCUUAAAUGCGUCGGGCAAGAUCCCACAGUUCAUUAUGCCGUCCAUUGCUGAAGCUAUCUGGGUGGCUGGGCCUUUCCGCCAUCUAUGCUUUAUCGUCGCUGCUUGGUUCCGGUAUAUCAAUGGCGUGGAUGACUGUGGAGAGAAGUUUGAAGUCAAUGACCCCAUGCGCGAGGAGCUUCAAGCGCGUGCUGGGAGCGCUAACCCGAUCGACGUGCUCAAGAUCGAUAAUCUCUUCGGUGAUGACUUGCGUACUGAUGAGAGAUUCCUCAAAGAGGUCUCUACUGCUAUGGAGUUGAUCGCCCAGGAUGGCAUCAUGAAGACGCUCCCUAAAUACAUUGAUUGA